GAGCACAUAAUUGUCAAGAGUCUACUAGUAGUUCAGAAAAUAUUAAUAAUUUAACUGCUACUGAUCAAAAUUAUGAUGAUAAUGCACAUGAUAAUAAUUUUGAGGAUAAUGCACAUGAUAAUAAUUUUGAGAUUGCUAUUAAUAUUCCUCAUUCUCCACAAAUAUUAAGCAACGGAAAAAAGAAUGAUUCUACCUUAUCAGUAAAAAGAUCACUUGAAGAUUUAUUUCUCAAAAAAAAGUGUAAUUGGAAUCCCAAAGAAUUUACAAACACAGCGGUAGCAAAAAGAUUAUGUUUGGAUGACAAUCCUAUUGAAAAUG